GGACCAGAUCCUCCAGGACUGAAGUCUGUCAGGAGGUCCCCCAGACUGUCCCCUCAGUUCAGCUGGAGUUUGACCGACGUCUUCACUUCACGUUUCACUUGAUCCGUCGAGUCGGACUGAAGAUCACCGAGACACGUCCUCCUUGGAGGCGCAGAGUUUGCACAGACGUUCCUGUUUGUGUUUUCAGAGCAGCAGCAGUAAAGGGAAGGAGCAGAGGAGAGGAGCAGGAGGAGGAGGAGGAGGUCUGCAGGAGGUGAAGAGGAGAGGCAGGAUGGAGAGGAGCAGAGAGGAAGAGGAGCUGAGCGGCAGACUGCAGACGCUGGAUCUCAGCAGGUGUGUCAGUGGAACUGGUCUGGUUUACUCUGAGAUCUUCACUCAUCAUCAGAACCUCUGGGACUCCAGUCAUCCAGAGAGUCCAGACAGAGUGACGUCCAUCAUGGAAGAGCUGAAGAGACAAGACCUGCUGUCUCACUGCACCAGAGUGGAGCCCAGAGAAGCUGUAGAAGAAGAGCUGCUGCUGGUUCAUACGAAACAGUACGUGGAUCUGAUGAGGUCGACUCAGACGAUGACCCAAAGUGAACUUCACUCUCUGUCAGAAACAUAUGACUCAGUUUACUUUCAUCCUGAGUCCUUCCAGGUGUGUGUGUGUGCGGUGGGUUCUGUGCUACAGCUGGUGGACCAGGUGAUGACCUCUGACCUCAGGAAUGGAUUCGCUGUCAUCAGGCCUCCAGGUCAUCAUGCUCAAUCUAACGUGUCGAACGGUUUCUGUGUUUUCAACAACGUGGCGAUCGCAGCUCGCUACGCUCAGAGACAAUACGCCGCCCGCAGGGUGCUGAUCGUGGACUGGGACGUUCAUCACGGUCAGGGCACCCAGUACCUGUUCCAGGACGACCCCAGUGUGCUGGUCUUCAGUGUGCACAGGUAUGAGCAGGGCUCGUUCUGGCCUCACCUGUCGGAGUCUGACAGUCAGUUUAUCGGCAGCGGACGAGCUGAAGGUCGAAACAUCAACCUGCCCUGGAACAAGACCGGGAUGACAGACGCUGAUUACAUCACAGCCUUCCAACAGCUGCUGCUGCCUGUAGCCUACGAGUUCCAGCCUCAGCUGGUUCUCGUCUCUGCAGGGUUCGAUGCUGCACUCGGAGAUCCCAAGGGGGAGAUGUGUGUGAGUCCUGAGUGUUUCCAUGUUCUGACUCACAUGUUGAUGAGUUUGGCUGAAGGUCGACUCGUUCUAGCUCUCGAGGGAGGGUACAGCCUGCAGGCGACGGCUGAGGGAACCGCUGCUUGCGUCAGAGCUCUACUGGGAGGAGCCUGUCCUCCGCUGACUCCGCCCACCGCACCAUCUGACAGUGCCCUGCAGUCUGUCUCUCAGGCUGUCUCUGCUCUGUAUCCUCACUGGGCGUCUCUGCAGACUCUGGAGGGCAUCCCAUUGGCUGAGAGGCAUGGCUUAACAGAGCCGACCAAUAAGCAGAGCACAAAGCAGACAGGCCCUGCCCCCUCUGUUACCAGGACAACAGGUCUGGUGUAUGAUGAGCGGAUGAUGGAGCAUCUGAACCUCUGGGACAGACAUCACCCCGAGCAGCCGCAGAGAAUCUCUAAGAUCUUCUCCAAACAUCAGCAGCUGGGAUUGGUCGACCGUUGCCAACGGAUACCGGCUCGUCUAGCAACAGAGGAGGAGCUGCUCAGGUGUCACAGCGAGCAGCACGUCCAGCUGAUGAAGAUGACCGCAGACAUGAAGCCCAGAGAGCUGAACCGCCUCAGCCUCGACUACAACUCCAUCUACAUCAACAACCAGAGCUACAGUGCCGCCCUGCUGGCCGCUGGAGGCUGCUGCAGCGCCGUAGAGAGCCUGCUGGACGGACAGGUGAGUAACGCCGUGGCGAUCGUGCGUCCUCCGGGUCAUCACGCUGAGACAGAUUCUCCGUGUGGUUUCUGUCUCUUCAACACGGCGGCACUCACUGCUCGUCAUGCCCAGAAGAUCUCCCACGAUGCACCGCUGCGAGUCCUCAUCCUGGACUGGGACGUUCACCACGGCAACGGCACACAGCAUAUGUUCGAGGACGACAACAGCGUCCUGUACGUCUCCCUCCAUCGCUAUGACAACGGGUCGUUCUUCCCAUCCUCGGAGGAUGCCGCCCCCGAUAGGGUGGGUGUGGCCAAGGGGGCAGGGUUUAACGUCAAUGUGGCGUGGAGUGGCGGGCGGAUGGGCGACUCGGACUACCUCGCUGCUUUUCACCACAUCGUCAUGCCGAUUGCCACCGAGUUCAACCCCGGGCUGGUUCUGGUGUCGGCGGGCUUCGACGCGGCUCGUGGUGACCCUCUGGGAGGAUACCAGGUGACCCCAGAGGGAUACGCCCACCUCACACACAUGCUGAUGUCACUGGCCGGGGGGCAUGUCCUGCUUAUCCUGGAGGGAGGUUACAACUUGUCGUCGAUCUCUGACUCAAUGGCGAUGUGCACCAGCGUGUUGCUAGGAGACCCUCCCCCCUACUUGGUGAUGCCCCUCCCCCCUCCUCACCAUAGCGCCGUGGCAACCAUCAAUGAGGUCAUCCGACACCACGCCCCCUACUGGAGGUCGCUGAGGCUCCACAUCCCAGAGUCAGUCCGAGCCUCUCUGCCCUCACUGAAGCGUCGUGGGAAACGUAGUUCUAAAGGAAAAGGCAGGAAGUCGGAGCAGAGCGGCUCAGACAAACCGCCACUGCCCCCCACAGGACCGGAGGACGCCACGACGGUGUGCGGUCUGGAGCAGCUCACUCAGGGAUUGGCCGGUUUGGACAUCAGUCAAACUUCAGCCAAUCACACGCCUGCCACGUCCACUCCAGUGGGUGGGGCCAGGCCGAAGGUCCGCCUUAGCCCCGAGCAGAACCAAUCAGCAGAGAGCUCUGAUCCUCCGGGAGUUGCCCCUGGAGACAAGGCUGCAGGUGGAGCGGGAGCGGGGCCAGAGACGGAGGGAGCAUGUGGUGGGUCGAAGGCAGAGACGUCUCUGGAGCUGCUGAGUGUAGGACAGACAGACACUCUGUACGUGGUGGACCCUCUGUCCUGGUGUCCUCACCUGGACUCAGUGAAGCCCCUCCCCCCCUCAGGUGUCGAUGUCUUUGUUUCCUGUCAGGACUGCGGCUCAGACGCAGAGAACUGGACCUGUCUCACUUGCUACCAGGUGUUCUGUGGUCGUUAUGUUAAUGAGCACAUGGUGAGUCAUGGCGUGGUGUCUGAACACCCGUUGGUGCUGAGCUUUAGCGACCUGUCGGUGUGGUGUUACCUGUGUGAGGCGUACAUCCACCACCAGAUUCUGUUUGAAGCUAAAAACUCUGCUCACUGUGCCAAGUUUGGAGAGGAGAUACCUCCAUGGAGCUGAGAGGAGGAGGAGCAGGAGGAGAAAGAGGAGGAGCUCAGUCUGUAUCAGCUGCAGGUUCUGCAGCACACGUGCUUUGUGGUAAACUUAGUGAAUCUGGUGUCUCACAGCUGCCAAAAAACAAACACACAAAGUGUUUAUUUGUUCACUGGUGCUGAUCUUCAUCACCAGCAUACUCUUGGUGCUUUUAUUUUGAAAGUUCUGAACACAAACAAACAUGGAUUGUUUGAUUGUUUAUUGAGAACAGAAGAGACCACGCCCACAAACAGGCCACGCCCACAAACAGCCACUCAGUCGUUAAGUUUUAUUUUAAUUAAACACCAAAUUUUUAAGUUUUAUUUUUCAUGUUUCUUUUAUAUAUUCAGUGUAAAUAUUCAUAAUUCUCCUUGAAUAAAUCUUCAGAGCAGGAAGUGAGAAAAUAAGAGCGCAUAGAAACCAAACAAAUAAUCUAAAAUUAUUUCAGAAAUAAUAAGUUGAUUUUUUCAAAUUAAAAACAAACUAAAUCAGUUUAUGAAUCAUCAUGUUGAGCUGAUUUGUUAAAGAAUAAAUAAUAAAAGUUAACGUCAGCAGAAAGAAAAGAAACAGAAACAGUUCAUAAUUUAAUGUUCACAUAAAAUCUGCACUUUUACUUUGAAGGAGAGUCUGUCUUGUGUUUGAUUUUCUCACCAACAAACUGUUUUAUGUUCAGCUCUGAGCUUUAAUUUGAAAAGUCUGGACAUUUAGUUUCCUGUUUGAUGCAGUGUUAUUUUAUGUUUGAGUGCAAUAAUCUGUUAAAAUGUUUUAAUGUUUUAUUGUUAUUAUUAAAAUGUUUGUAUGUAUUUCUGCUUCCUGCACCAGACACACAAACACA